AUGUCCAACCCAAUACAGUCCCUCAGUGACCGAGUCAAAGACUCUUCACAACAAGCGAACCAAUCCCAAUCAUCGAAUCAGCAUCCAAGCCAAAUUCCCAUCCCAAAUCCUUCCCUAUCCAAAACCACAACUCAGCCUCAAGGCAAAGAAACCAGGCACACAGCCAAUAUAGCCCCCGAUCCGAAAGGAAAAGAAACUACAUCCGCCAAGACGGUAGAGCCGGAUCCGGCCUUGCAAGGCUCGGUGACCAGGUCAACGCUAAAAACCCCAAUAGAUGACACGGAGAGUAUGGCAGCAAAAGGGAGAGAACCACUCUCAAACGGUAGAUCAACCAACGCCAAGGCAAAAGAAAUGCUCCUGGCCAAAGCGGUGAAGGCGCAAGAAGAAGGCGACGACGCAAAAGCCGACAGAUUCCUCGCAAUGUUCGAUACCUUGUCGAAAGAGUCCCCUCCAUCACUGAAUGCGAAAGGCAACGGUUCCUCAUCCCAAACGCUCCCAGAAACCGCCAACAGAAAGAGGCCACUCGAGUCAGAAGGCACAACCCAGGUUAGAGGGAUUAAGUUUAACUGGGCGAACACCAACUCCCACAAUGACGGAGGGUUCACCCCUUACUUUCACAAGAAUCUUCUCGAAUUGAAAGGACCAAUCCCCUUGACGAUCUUCAACAAGACCUGGCAAGAAGAGGCUCUGUCUCACCACUCCAAGAACAGACCAAAGACCGAAGAAUCGUCAGCAGAGAAAAACCUGCGUUACCACGGAUUGGCUGUCCCCGACGAAUGGCUACAAUCCUUCUCGGACUGGACACUGAACCACCGCUGUUUCCACGAGACGAUUCGGGACAGAUACAACUACCCAGUCCUCGAGUGA